GAAAAAAAAAAGUCUUCCCACACCUUCCAAGAGAUUUGGUGCUUCUUUUGCCAUCUAGCUGAAGUCCCCUCUAAAAAUCGGCAAGCCACCGAAGCCAGCCAACCCGAGUUGCCCUACCGAUUUCAAUUACAUAAAACCAAAGCAAUAUUUUCUCCUUACCUUUACUUCACCACAACUUGUCACCCCUCUAUACUACUCGUUGUCUCUUGUGUAUCUCCAUUGUUACUCUACUUGACUGCUUCCCCUGGCGCCGCCUGGAUCAUUCUUAUUUCUCGAUCUUGACAAAGAAUCCUGUCCCCAUCUGUCGGAUCCCGUUUCCCCAGAUUAUGUGCUGAUUAGCGCUGCAUGCACGCGCUUCACUGCCGAACGAACGACUUUACUUUUUUUGAUCCCAAGUUCGGCGAUAUCUAAGGGCCACACAUACUAAACAAUAUUCCCCCUACUUACGCCACAGACACUUAUACCGAGCAAGCCUACUAAGGAAGACAGGCAACUACCGCCUAACUAUAUAAUUUCUUUUUUGCCUAUUACAACGUCUUUUGAGAGGCGUUUGCUGCCGCGCGGCAAUCGUCUCCUGUAUUCGAUUUUGUCAUGUCAGACAAAAUGUCUAUUGACAAGAAAGAACAUUCGAAGGACGAAUCGGAUGAGUCUAUUGGCUCAAGUCCUGAGAAUGAGCCGGGUCCAUCGAUUCCACCGGAAAACCAACCAGCAAAGCGUAAAGGAGGCCGCAAACCCAUCUAUGCCACUUCGGAAGAGCGCAAGCAGAGAAAUCGCCAGGCGCAAGCCGCAUUCAGAGAGCGCCGGACAGAAUAUAUCAAACAGCUCGAAGAGACUAUUAAGGCUCAUGAGUCGAACCUUGCUAGCCUGCAAGCAGCCCACCGUAGUGCUGCAGAUGAAUGUUUGAUGCUCCGAUAUAAGAAUUCCCUCCUCGAACGAAUCUUGCUGGAAAAAGGUAUUGAUGUCCAAGCUGAGCUUCAUGCCAAGACCGGUAGUCCAAACCUUGGUCCAACUCAUAUGCCCCAGAAUAUGGUGCAACCACCACCUAUGCCGCGGGCGAUCCUCAACAGACAUCACCACUCGCGCAGGUCUGCUUCUAGCAUCGCCCCGAAACUCGAGCCUGGCGUGCCCUCCCUACCCCAGCCCGCAGGGGUGCAGCAGUCUAUGGCAUCGCCUAAGACUCGGCCAACGCCCCCUUCCCACGCGGCUUCUCCUACUAACCCUACACCACCUUUUGGUAGUCAAGCAACAGCUUCACCCGUAUCUUCAGAUCCCACGAGCAUGCGAACGACGAUCCCCCCGCCGAUGAAACCGCAGUUGGCACCGAUGCCUGGAAUGACAGUCGCGGCGCGCCAGCAGAUGUUGCAGCAGCAUGCUGCUGGCACCCGGCCGACCGCAUUCUACCCGACGCCAUCAUUUCAAAAUCAUUUUCAGCAGCUCGAACAAGAGUACGACGCCCCGACCGAUAUGAUGGACGAGCCCGAACCGGAUACGCCAGGGCCGGGCCCUUAUCCUUCGACGUUCCAAGUCCCUCAACAACAUGGCAUGUCUGUGCAGCCAACGACGACGGGACCGCCAGGACAACCUCCGAUAGCACCCGGGGGACAGGGCAAUCAAGCGCAAAGCCAAACACAAGGCCAAGGCUAUCCAAGCAUGACCCAGCUAUUGGAUCCAGCAUUGGAUUGGGAUCCGUUUGGCCUGAGUGCGUCUAUGGCCUUUCCGACGCAGUUCUCCUUCGACACGAGUAAUAUGAGGUAGCAUCUGGAAUCGGAGUAAUAUGGUUGAGGGGGUUUGCGCACAAUGUCGAAGAGGGUGGAAGUUGCAUGAAGGCCAGACGAAAGCAAUGCCAACGAGACGCCGCUCCCUAUUAAUCGAGGCGAUGGAUGAAUGAAC